GUUGGCACCACCCCGCACAAGAAAGGCCUGGCGGGCAGGGCGGCCGACGAGACCCCAAUCAAGAAGCAGAAGGUCAGUGGAACAGUGAUUGAGACUGCUCAGGUUACUGCUCAGAGAGUGGCCACCAUUCCAAUGAUCAGCAUCAAAUCAACACAUCCAUUGAGCCUCGUGGCCUCUGCUGGUGACAUGCUUUCAGUGGCCAACGAGGGGUCGCAAGACGUGACUUGGGUGGCUGGGAAUUUGGCGGCAGCGUUCGGUCAGGGCAAAUUCGCCACCCGCGCCAGCCUGGGCGACUUCAAUGUAGAUCAAGAGCUGCUGUUCAACUUGGAGAAGAGCACCGACCUUGUCCUGUGCAACAACACCCUGAUGACGGUUGGCGACGCGAUCAAGGACCGCAUUUCUAGCCACCCUACGUCCUGCAAGAUAUGCUACCACGACACAACGUGGGACACUGGUGAGACCACCUUCACCAUCGAGCGCAAGCACAACGUGGUGUUCAUCCCAGUGAACAGCCAGCAGCUGAUGGAGGAUGAGCAGAACAAGGCGAGCGCAGGGAUCGCCCAACAAGCUGCAGCUGCGCGCCUGGUCAAACCCUCUCUAUGGGACACUACCGACACCAAAGUUGUCUGGUGCGUCAGCUGGAAGGCUACGGGCCUCAUGCCGUCUCGCCCUGUGGUUGUGUUCACCGGUAGUGGCUGCCUGUGCCCUGGCCGGAGCCUCAAGCUUGAGAAGCUGAUCGCAGCCUAG